AUGCAGCCGAUAACGCCCAGGAAAGAUGCAAACACCAUCUCCUUCAAUAGCCUCUUGAGCCCUUCGUUUGUCCACAACUCUGGGGUGAAACCAAAGUUUCAAGAAUUCUCGUCCAAAUACAAUCUGCAGCUUCGCGUUCCAGAUGAUGCUGAGCUGGGACGAUCACCUCAAAAGCAACGAGAGUUAGAUGUUCAAGGUUUGCUGCACCCAGAUGCAAAAGUGUUCCGCCGAUUCGGCAUACACUUGAGUAAGAAGACGCUCGAUUCCGUCCUCAAAACCUUUGACGAGCGUGCGCGUGAUCUCUGUAAGAAAUGGGUGCGAAAGCCUCGAGGAGAUCCGAGCGUCACUCCUGCCAUUACAACUCUGCCCAAGGCGACCAAUACACGGGAACGUGCUGAACUGCGCAAGCUACUCGAUCAGGUCUUGCAAGAGCACAAUCCCCUCCUUGCACGUCGGACGCCUGGGCCUGAGCCGGAUGAGACGACUCCUCAGCCACGCCGCCCGUCAAAACGUACCUCUGAUGAAAUUGUCCCAAAGCUGCCUAAACGUUCCAAGAGCGAAGCCUCCAUCUCUCCACCAGAUGACGCCGUCACUGCCGAGCAAGGCGUUCGUCGGUCUGAACGUCUCAACAGACCAGAUCGGAGCUUUUAUGGCGUAUCUACUAAUGUAAGCCGCGAAACGCUUGUCUUUACCGAUAAUGGCCACCGCGUCUCGCAAGGAACGCAGACCACGAUCGAAGCGGGUAGUCAAGAAAAGGCUAGAUGGCCACCAGCUCCGUUGCCUAUUUCUCAAACUCAAGAUGAAUACGCAAUCUCUUCAAGUUCCCUCAGAGCUUUAAACGAAUCUCUCCAUCAAAUCGACGACGCACAGCGCUACGACAAUGUACGGCAAUAUCUGGAUAGCAGCUCACCGACACACACGUACUCAGACUUUAGCAGCCUUCUUCCUGACCAUGAGUUGGCUCGACUUGAGGAGAGCUUUCUAGAGUCCGAGGCCGAAAAGACUGCAUCACCUGCCAUUAUCGAGCUCCAAACACGUUUGAACUCCUCCUGGCCCCACAUCCCACCUGGUAUAGCAAAAGCACCAUUUGCUGUGAUUUGGGAAGUCCUUCGUGCCUUGCUCCACUGCAAGAUUGACACGGGUCUUUUCGAUUUGGAAUUCAACGACUCGUGGAAUAACCCGACCAGUCUCUGGCAUGCUCUCCAAAAUCACAAGGCAUUUUUGGGAAAGACUCUUCCGGAAAAGUCAAGCAAGGCCGCUUGGGAUGCCGCCCAAGCCAAUUUUCGCUUGCAUAAGCAAGCCGUCAUCCUCGUCAUGACCUUGACUCCAUCGACCCGUACUACUGGUCCAUUCUUUGAAUUACAGCUGCACCCACUCAAGAUUGAUCACACUCAUCGCCUCGCCCGUCGCUUUGGUCCUGAUAGGUUCAUUGAGAUGAUUGUCCCUUCGAUCGACCCGCAGAACGUACCGGUACUUAAAAAGUUGUCUGAUGAAGCUAUCAACUAUGCAAGGCGUUGGCUCUGUACCAAUCCGCAUCCAUUAGCAGGUCGAUUGUGGAAGCCAUUUUUUGUGCGCUCUUUUCGUGACGGACCCGUUAAAAAGUCAAGCAAGAACGACUGGUUUGAGCCAGAGCCCAAACAGGUUAUGAAGGACCGCUUCAAUCUUUUUGCACAAGAUGGAAAUGAUUUUCGACCGCCAGAGGAGCAAUAUCCUGAAAAGAACCAGUCCAUCGACAGUCAUACAAAGAUGAGCGUGACUGGCCUGAUACAAUGGCUUCUUGAACCUUCCGAUAGCGCGAAACAGCCAAUCUUGAAGCUGUUCUCACGUAUAUCGCUCGGCCUCAGUCGUACAGAACCGACCAUUGUACUUGAGAGGAGCCAAUUACGCCAUAUAGAAACCGACAUUGUGUCUCCGGCAGGCAAUGUCAUGAACGACGGUAUUGGCCGCAUGUCGCCACUACUUGCGCGGAAAAUUCGCGACUCUAUGGGAUUAACAGAGACUCCAGCUGGGUUCCAAGGUCGCAUUGGAAGUGCCAAGGGUUUCUGGAUAAUCGAUGUAUCUGAAAGAGGUGACGACCUUUGGAUCGAGACAUAUCCGUCCCAACGAAAAUGGAAUUGUAAUUUUGAAGAUGAGGAUCAUCGAACUUUUGAAGUCAGCAGUUAUCCUCAGCUCCCGGUACCAGCCAGUCUCAACACUCAAUUCCUCCCGAUUCUCAUGCACCAAGCACCAUCGAAGCAGCACAAACAAGCGCUGCAAGCCCAUCUGAGUAAUCUUCUACUGCAAAUCCUGAACGAGGAGAUAGAGGCCCAGCGAAUCGCUAUGCAGGAUCCCUUGUCGUGUUCCGCUUGGGUUGAAAAGAGCUCUACUUCACGGCGGAUUGAGCGCUUGGAGGAAGAUCAAAUUCCACGGCUGGGAAGUGUACCUCGACACGAUGAAGACCGCAUUCAAUUCUUCUUGGCUGCUGGCUUCCAUCCGUUGGAACUGAAGAUGCUAUGGGACAUGGUAUGGAAGCUAUGCAAAGAAAGGUGCGAGGAGCUCAAAAGGCGCAUCAACAUCAAAGUUGGCCAGUCAAUGUACGCUUACAUGGUCAUUGAUUUCGAGGGAAUUCUUGCAGAAGAUGAGGUCCACGUCAGCUUCUCAUCUAGCUUCAAGGACGAAUUAUCCGGAUUUGCCGAUACUCAUUUGCAUGGAGUAGAUGUUCUGGUUGCACGUUCCCCGGCUCAUUUCGCUAGCGACAUUCAAAAGGUCAAGGCUGUUUUCAAGCCAGAGUUAGGAGCGCUCAAGGAUGUGGUUGUUUUUCCGAGGAGGGGCAACUCUUCCCUUGCUGACAAGCUUAGUGGUGGAGAUUACGACGGUGAUAUGGCUUGGGUGUGCUGGGACCCUAAAAUCGUAGACAAUUUCGAGUCUGCACCUGUGCCGGAGGAGCCAGAUCUUCUCAAAGAAGGCUUUUUAUCCAAAAGAACUGGUAAGUAUGAAGACCUCAUGCGCGACCAUCAGGACAGGGCCACCCUUAAAUUUCUUGAAGAGGGGUUCGACUUCAACAUGCAGCCCAAGUUCUUGGGCAUGUGCACCGUCUUCAAAGAGAACCUGUGCUACAAGAGAGGGUCAGUCUCGGACUCGACAGCCAUUCGACUCAGCACCAUGUUGAGCAAUCUCGUGGACCAAGGUAAACAAGGAAUUGUCUUUACGAAUAAGAACUUUGCCAAGUUCAAGAAGUCUUUUCUCAAGAAAAGCGAGCCAGAACCUGCUGCACCAAAAUACAAACUGGACUCUUGGACAGGUAAAGGACGCCCCUCUCAUAUCAUCGACUUUCUCAAGUUCGAGGUUAUGAUACCCAAGGUCGACGCAGAAUUGAAGCGUCUUAGUGAGACAACACAGGGCGACAAGGCAGGGAUCUGGGACAAAGAUCUUGCAUUUCUCUGGGAUCAUUACAAUAAAAUGCGAGUGGACAAGAACAAAAGAGUUGGCCACGGCAUGUACUUGCUGCAAACCGACAUUGAGAACUUUCAGAAAGAAGUCGAGAAAAUCAGUGGCAACGAAAGCAUCAGCUUUGAUGUGAAAGUCGCACACAUGCAUGAAAAGUUCCAGUCGAUCGAGCCUCGUGGUUUCAGUGGCACCCUCGAGAAGAUCAUUACCAAUGCGCACCCAAACGCCAAGCAGCACACAGAAUGGACUCUGCUCAGAGCAUCAACGUAUUACAAACUAUACUACAAACGGUCCACCUUUCUCUGGUGGAUCAUUGGAUCCGAGCUGGCGGCGCUGAAGGCCAAGGCGUCCCAAGCCGGUCCCCUUGUCUACCUCGUCGGAAACUUCUAUGGGGCCAUGAAGCUUGAUCCCAAGUAUAUCAAAGCCCGCAACGCAAGGCGCGAAGGCAUAGAGGACCCGUUUCGCGAAGACCAAGAGCCGUACGAUGAUGAAUGA